AUGACAACACCAGCUCCUCCUCCAGCCACUCCUCCUCAAGCACCUAAUCUUAAAGGAAGUAGAACAGAAAAAAACCUUGCAGCUGCAUUCACAGGCGAAUGCAUGGCAAGAAAUAGGUAUUAUUUUUAUGCAAGCAAAGCUAAAAAGCAAGGAUACGAACAGAUUUCAGAAAUUUUCUUAGAAACAGCUGAAAAUGAGCGUGAACAUGCUAAAAAAUUCCUCAAGCUGAUGGGAACUGGCGAAGCAACACCAGUAACGUUUCAGAUGGUUAUCCCUAAUACUCAAAUAAAUACAACUCUUGAAAACUUACGUACAGCAGAACGUGGUGAAGCUGAAGAAAACAAUAUCGCUUACCCACACAUGGCUGCUAUUGCUGAACAAGAAGGUUUCGAAGAAAUUGCCAAAUAUUUCCGCAAAGUCGCUGAAGUUGAACGUGAACAUAGAAUUAGAUUUGGCCUCCUCGCUGAUCAGCUCGAAUCAGAUACAUUAUUCAAGAAAUCCAAGGAUUACAAAUGGAAAUGCAGAAACUGCGGUAACAUUUUUGAAGGUCCAGAACCUCCAGAGAAAUGUCCGGUUUGUGGCCACGCUCAAAGCUUUUAUCAAAUCAAGGAAAUAUUCGAAUAA